UGCGGUAUAUGCACUUAGGGCUUAUCUAUAAGGAAGUUUUCACCCAAGGCGGACAUUUUGGGUUAUUUAGUUUUAAUCCGUCAUAAUCUUUAACCCGAGCAUUUGCAUCGCUGGUAUUUGUUACGAAAAUAGAUAAAGUGAACAUGGAACUAACAUUAAUGCUGCUUUUGCUACCUGGUAUAGCUCUCGGUAAUUGGACAGACUGGCAUUUUAAAGGACAAAAUAUUGCACUUCAUAGACCUGUCAGCCAGACUCCUGGAAUUUGGAAUAACCAAGGUGCAGAUCUUGCUGUUGACGGUUACCCGCUUGUUGGUAAUCCAAUCGGAGACGAUUCCAGAUGCUCUCACACGGCCGGAUCCCGAACAUCUGCAUCUUGGACAGUUAACUUUGACAACAAAUACUACCUAAACGGUGUGGUGAUUGUCAACAGAAAAUCACAAUACGAACGCCUUCGUCUUAGAAAAUUUCGAAUGUAUGGCGAUGACAAUAGUUUACUGUAUGAAAGCAACGACAAUUCAAGAACAUGCCAAGGGAUCUCUCCAAAUGAAGUAUGCAAGGACUUCUUGUUUGUGGAACUAACUCCUACAGAAGGGCAGAUGCAUGCACGUCUAACAAUAACCGUUCAUGCAUCAGAUAACCCUGUGGAUCUAAAUUCAGUGUAUUUAACACUUUGCGAAGUCUACAUUUUUUCAGUUUCAACCAAAUGCCCGUCAUUACCAAUAACUAAUGGUCAGCAGCUACCAGAUACUUAUGCGUCAUUUUCAGUGUCUGUGCAAUGUUAUCCUGGGUAUUAUUCAACACAUGAGUAUGCACAUUGCUCCAACACUGGUAAAUGGAACACUUCCAUACAAUGCAGUCCAAUUUGCCACUGGGAAGUUGAAAACGGAUACAUAGAAGAUUAUAAUAAUCAAACAAAAUUGUCUUUUCCUGUGCUCACAACUGUUAAAGUGAUGUGUAAUCCUGGAUAUCGGCUGAACAGUAGCUCAAACCGGAACGAAUGUCAACAUUCAGGAUGGCGUUUUGAGUUACAGUCAUGUAUUGAAGUCAUGUGCAUUUGCCCAUUAUUGCAGAAUGUCUCGUAUAUAACCAAGCAUAACAACAUUGUUUGUCGCGGAAAAAACAGUUAUAUUCCAAUCAAUACUGUUGUAUAUCAAGAAUGUGCUGAGGGUUUUUUCAUGAAUGACUCACAACAUAUUCGAACAUGUCAACCAAAUGGCAGUUUAAGUGGAAAUGAACCACAGUGCAAUCAAGUGGUGUGUGUUUCAUCAACGGAACAAGUUGAAAGAGUGGUAAAAGGAAUACGAUUUACAGUCAAAGGUCCAAUUAAGUACAACGAAAACCGAAAUAUCAGUAUAAAUGAUUCCUUUUUUCUUCACGAAGGCGGUGACCUCAUUGUUAGUUGUGCUGCCAAUGGAUCGUUGGUUUGGAGCAGCAUUGGUCCUCCUAUAUUACGACCUGUAUGUCCUCUUAUGGCCCCAACGUAUGGUUGGACAAACCAUGCCUGUGUCACUGAAAAAAGAUGCGAAGUUGGGAAAUCGGUCAAUAUCACCUGCAAAAGCGGAUAUACAGCUGCUCAGGUCACUGCGACAUGUUUACCGGACCACACAUGGAGUAAUAAAAUUCUUUGUCAAGAAGAGGGCAGUGUUUCUGACAGUCAAUUUGCGGUAAUUGGUGGAGCAGCCGGGGGAGCAGGGGCAUUUCUGGUCGUUUUGCUGGCCGUUGCUGGGUUUAUUCUGUAUCGAAGAAGAUAUAAGAAUAGCGACAAGAUUAAGGCGAAACAUUACGAGGAGUCCUCAUCUCAAAAUCGGAAUCAACAAAAUCCUUACUCAGAAAUAGGAGCUACCGAUUCAACAAUUGUAUCGAAAGGUGAUUCAGAUUAUGUAUAUGAGACAAACUCAACAAAGGCUAUAUGUUUGAACAACGAUAUCGAGGAAACAAAUGCAAAUCAAGUUGACAAAGCCUAUUAUAGUUUUGAAAUGCAAGAUAGGAUGCCAAAAACAGCUAUUAGGAUUGAUCAUCUUUAUGAAACCGUUCUUUCGACUUCAUAUUCCGAGGAAAUGAGAAUCCAAUUCAAGGAGUUUCCAAAAGGAUUAACCGAGGACCACAAUGAGGCUGUAAAAAAUCAGAACAGAACUAAAAAUAGAUACAAAAAUAUAUAUCCAUAUGACGCUACGAGGGUUAUUCUUCAGAAGGAUGAAAAGCACUAUACAGAUUACAUUAAUGCCAGCAUUAUUCACGGUUACAAUCAAACAGGAAAAUUUGUUGCAGCCCAAGGUCCAACUAAGGAGAUAAUGGUUGACUUCUGGCGUAUGGUUUGGCAACUGCGGAUUGGCAAAAUUGUUAUGUUGACCAACCUUGAGGAGGAUAAAAAGAUGAAGUGCGUUCAGUAUUGGCCGGAUAAAGGAAGUAUAGAAUACGACAAAUUCAAAAUAACACAUCGAAGUGAAGAACUAUUUUCAGACUUUGUCAUACGAAGGUUAGCUUUGCAAAAGGAUGGAGAAGAAGAGAGAAUAGUUUAUCAUUUUCAUUUUACUACCUGGCCAGAUAAAAGUGUGCCAAAAUAUGCAUCAUCACUUGUCCACUUCCGCCAAAAGAUUGUCACCGCCGUUGUAAAAGAAAAAGGCCCUGAUAUUGUGCACUGCAGCGCUGGUGUGGGGCGAACGGGAACAUUUAUUGCCCUGAAUGUACUGACAGAGCAAGCCUCGACAGUAGGAUAUGUGGAUCCUGUGGGGUGUGUGAAUACACUGAGAAGGCAGAGGCUCGAUAUGGUUCAAACACUGGAUCAGUAUAUAUUUCUGCACAUGGCGCUUCUUGAGACGUUGAUGCUAUCAACAUCAGCUCUACCAGCAUCAAAAUUCCUGAGAGCGUAUAAAGAACUUCUGUCUUUCGACAAGGACCAACGAAAACUUGAUGUCGAGUUCUCUAGAAUGGAGAAAAUGUCUCCCAUGGCUGAUGAAUGUCAAUACGUAAGUGCAAAAGAAGUGAGAAACCGGAAUAAGAAUCGGUAUUCAAACAUUCUCCCAGUCGCAGAUCAUAUGCCGCACUUGACUCCCUCUGGAAAGAGGUCAGAACCUGAUUACAUCAACGCCGUUUUCUUACCGAACUACAAGAAGAAGGGAGCGUUCAUCGUCACCCAGACACCUCUAGAGAUGACGAAGACCGACUUCUGGAGACUAGUGGUGGAACACGAUGUCCAUACAAUCGUCAUGAUGAACAAUAGGAGUGAGAUGAAGGAAGACGAGAUAUACUGGCCUGAGAAAGGGGAAUCGGAAACAUAUGAAAACAUGACAAUUGCCAAGACAGUCGAAGAAUGCGAGGGUGUUUUGAGGAAAAUAACACUUGUCUUGAAUAGGUUUGGAAAGACACGGAAACUGCAACAAAUACAGUUCGAAGGUUGGCCGGAUGAUUCAGCGUUGCCCUCUUCGCCUAGGGAUGUUUUAAGACUCCUUGAUGCAGUGCAGUACUGGCAACAUCAAUCAGGAAACAACCCUGUUCUCGUACAUUGCAUGAACGGAGCAGACAGAAGUGGCUUGUUCUGUGUUGUGUCAGCAGUCUUAGAGAGGAUGAAGAUAGAACAAGACGUUGCUAUUACCCAGGUCAUCAAAGAGAUGAGGAACUACAGGGAACAGAUUAUCCCCUCAGUGGACCAGUUUCAGUUUGUGUAUGAAGUAAUCAAGGAGUACAUUCUACAAAAUGAAACAUACUCCAAUUUCAACGACUAAGUUCGACGGACUUAUAAGCAAUGUGACAUUUAUAUGGCACCACGGGCUUUUUAUAAAAAAUGUAUUUUGGUAAUCUCCAUGUUACUUAAAUUACGUACCAUUCGUAUAUGUGCUUUUAUAUAAUUAUUACAUACUCGAUUGCUUUAUGAUCAUGUCAAGUUGGUGUACAUAUGUAUAAUAUUCUUUAACAGAGAUGACUAAAGCUAGAGCCAAAAGAGUGUACCUUCGCCAAACCGUAUCUUUUGAUUGUCGUUGUCAUAAAAAUGCGCUUUUUCUAAGUAUAUUUACAAAAAAGAGUCCCGUGUUGCACAGCGGGAAAUACAAUUGUUCAAACUGAGCAUCUCUUAAGUACCGGAACAUCGGUGACUGUUGUUACAAUUAAUUGCUAAGAGAGUCAGUGUAUGGUGAUUAUGGUUGAAGUGUCUGAAUCGAAAGUAAGUUUAAUAUUAAACAAAAGAUAUUUAUCAGUGUUAAGUACUCCUUGAUAUAAACUUAACCCUUUUUGGUUUGUUAAGUAAAAUUCGUUACUUGCAAAAUCAAGAUCCGAAAGAAGGAUAACUAUUUCUUAACGUAUAAGUGUAUGGUUAACAGAUAUUACUCGACAUAUCAUGAGCAGUUUCUGUUAACGAUAGGUACCGAUUGGAUAGCGGUUCGGAAAUAUCGAUCAGUUUUAGAAUGAAACCAAACUAUACAUUUUUUAUUCUAAAUAAUGCCGAAUUGUCCAUAUCAAGCCAAUCUCUACUGAGAUCAAUUAUACUUUUCGAACAAUAUUGGUGGUUACUUUUAAUUAUCUAUAAACUUCUGUAUAUAGUGAAUAUUAAUGCAUUUUUGUGUGGGCGAAUAUGCAUCAUGUGGAGGAAACUAUUUUUUGUAAAGUGAUGCUCCUCAGAAGCAGGCAAUCGUGGCAAUUCUCAAAUGCGUUUGAAAAGUCCCGCUAAUUCCAUUGCACACACCAGGAACAAGUCUAGUUUCAUUACCUUCUCAUACUCAAAGAUAAAUCUCAUUUUUUGUGAUUACAUAACUGCCGCCACAGGACAUUUUUUGCUUAUAAGAUAAAAAUGUUGUAUAAUGUAAAGGACCUAAUUGAUGUAGAUCAUUAUUAUAUGCCUAUUAUUGGUUGUUAAAAUAUGCUUAAUAAAUA